AUGCUUGUAGUAGGAUUAGAUGAUUGUACAACAACCAGGUGCAGUAAAGGUGGCCCGACCAUUCGGUUUCCUUUCAGGAAAAAAAUUCCACAGCCAGAACAUUGUGGCUAUCCAGGUUUCGAUUUGUCUUGCGACGAGAGCAAGACUGUGCUGGAACUGCCUUCUGCAGUCAAGGUAGAAGUAAAGAAAAUUGAUUAUGCAUCUCAAGAAAUUCACCUACAUGCUCUUGAUGGAUGUCUUCCUAAAAAGCUUCUGCAUCUUCAUUUAUCAGCUUCCCCUUUCCAAUUCGUUAAUGAUGCAUCGUUCAACUUCGUCAUGUUCAAUUGUACUCCAGCGAAAAGAGAGAUGGAUCGCAAUAAUAUUCCUUGUCUUGGUGUCCCCGGCUACCAAGUAUACUACAUUCCUUCCGAUUCACACUCAGACGACUAUGAUUUGACUUCAUGUAUCAAGAUUCAUGAAAUUUCAUCUGUUCCACGGUAUCAACUACGUCAACACGAUCUCCAUUUGAAAUGGUCAGAACCAUAUUGUGGCAAAUGUGAAGCUCAAGGAAAUAUUUGCAGCUUAGACACCAAUAAAAGUGGAACUCAGUGUACCAACAAGCCCAAGACACAUAGAAGUGAACGAAGGAGAGAUUUGAUUGCAGCAUUGCAUAGCAAGGCUACGGAGUCGGUCGAAUCUGUUCCAAAUGUUUGGUCCUCAUUUGAUGCAAUCUGA